GCCCUCCUCGUUCUCUCUCUCUCUCUCUCUCGCGUCGCGCCCUGCGAGCCUCGUGCGAAUACACCAACAUUGAGGAAGAAGAGGACGAGGGCCAUCGAUCGAUCGAGCGAGCGAGCGAGGAAAGAAGAGCAGCAGCAGGAGCAGUAGCGGGGACGGAUUGAGAAGGUUGAAGCGAGAAAGAAAGAGGGCGCGGCGAGUCCCAGGCGCUCGCGCACCAUCGCCAAAAUCGAGCGCACGAAUGUGACAAUCUGUGGCGCAAGAAACGGAAGGGAGCGCUUGGGGAGGACGAGGGCGGGAGAAGAUGAACGAGAAUCAAUCUGCGGAUGCUGCCGUUUCCGUUGCUGCGGACGAGGAGGGCGCAAGGGUGGCAGGGGAUGCACGAGGGCGAGAAUUUGGAGCAGCGGAUGCCAGAGGAGGAGGAGGAGGAGGGGAGGAAUGGGUGAUGGAGGAGGUAGAGGUAGAGGGAGAGGGAGAGGGAGCAGGAACGGCAGGGGAUGGUGGGGAAGGACGGGGAGAGGGAGAAAUGCGGAGGGCGGAGGGUGCGGAGCGAAUGCAAAUGCAGAGGAUUCGAGAGCUGGACCUGGAGCAACUCGAAGUCGAAGAGGUUGAUUCUGACGCGGAUAAUCUGCAGAGCGAUGAUUCUAGCUUGGAUGGACGGGGCGACGGGGGAGCUGGAGCGCGUGGUGGGUUUACCUUCGACACCUCCCUAGCUUCUCUGCACACAUACCUCGGCGAAGUGGAUGAUGUCGGUCAGGCCAGAUCCUUCCUGAAUGGCGGAGCACUUUUGACCCUGCCGAUGUUCUAUCUGGAAGGGAUUGUACUCUUCCCGGAAGACACGCUGCCUUUACGAGUGUUGCAGCCUCGCUUCAAGGCAGCUGUUGAGCGCGCUAUGCGACAGACUGAUGCCCCGUGCACUCUUGGAGUGAUUCACGUGAGAGCCAGGAUGCGAGGGAGUGGCGUGCACAUGGCAUCUGUGGGAACAACAGCAGAGAUACGUCAGCUGCGUCGCCUAAGCGAUGGAUCUAUGAAUGUUGUCACACGUGGUCGACAGCGGUUCCGCAUACGCAAAGCAUGGACAGAAGCAGAUGGUGCUCCGUGUGCACAAGUUCAAAUUAUUGAAGAAGAUACACCACUGCAUAUACCUAGAGAUGCAUUUGGAACUUUAGCUUCAGUCCCGCACAUGCAAAGCGGAAGAGUUCCGCGAGCAACAGUGGAAGUCCAAGAGGGCAGUGACGAGGACGCCGGUCAGCAAGUCAGUAGCGAGGGUGAUUUCUUCGAUGAGGAUGAUUCUGAUUCCGGGCGAGACGAGCGAGCGCUUCCAGCAUUCGGUCAUUUUGGUGGUGAGAGUAAUGAUCCUUGGCAAAGGGUUGUAGAUCGAGGCGCAGGAGAAGAUGAAAGUAGUGAAGAGGAGGAAAGACUAAGAUGGUGGUGGCGGCUUCGCAGCAGAGGUGAUAGGAGAAGGCCUGUUCGAAGACAGCACAGGGACAGGGAGCCCCGGAGAGAGGACAGGACUGGUCAGGAGGUGGAGAGCUCAAGCGAACCAGCGGACCAAGGCGAGACAUCUGUCACUGGUAAUGGAGGUGCUCAAGGUAAUAAGAGACCCAAGCUUGACGGCGCUUGGGGAGGGGCUUGCAAGGCAUGGGCGGCAGACGAAAGCAAGUGGCUCCACAGGGCUCAGAGAACAACUUGGCCUCAUUGGGUGUAUAGGAUGUAUGAUGCGUACGAUCUCGCACGUAGAGCUGCCGAUAUGUUACGGCAAAUGGCUGAGCUGCCAAGAAUGGAAGAGAUGGUACGGAGCCCUGCAAUGUUGUCCUUCUAUAUUGCGAGUAACAUGCCAUUGCAUGACUCCACCCGGCAAGAGCUCUUGGAGGUGGAUGGUGUAGUUCACCGCUUAAGAAGGGAAAUACAACUCUUGGAGUCGAUGGAUCGGCUUCGAUGCAAAACUUGCUCUGCUUUCAUAGCGAGGAGAAGUAAUAUGUUGGUUAUGUCAGCAGACGGACCCAUAAGUGCGUACGUCAAUGCCGAAGGUUAUGUACAGGAGACGCUCACUCUUUCUCGAGCUUGGGGUCUCAUGCUAAGGGGGCGCCCGGAUACUACUAACAGCUGGUUUCCCGGAUAUGCGUGGACGAUAGCUUACUGCAGUCAGUGUGAACUUCAUAUGGGCUGGCGCUUUACAGCUGUCAAGAAAGACUUGCGACCUAAAGCUUUCUGGGGAGUGAGGAGGUCCCAACUCGCCGAAAAUAGCUGACGGCUUGAAGGCUUUUCCCAGCUGAGAUAGUCUGACUAGAGCUGAUCAGGGACGCCGCAUUAGUAUAUGCUCUAUUUAUGGAUGCCGUUUUGCAUUUAACUAUGUAUAUACGACUGAGAAGGUCCCGGUAUAACCUGAGGUGUUAGGAAGGGAGAUUGUUCUGAGAAAGAUGGUUAUCCGUCUGUUCCUCCAUGUGGUGCAGUUCUCUCGUGGAUCCAAGCCCACUUUUAUCAAUGUGAACUCGUGACAUACGGAAUAUGAAGGGUAUAGCAAAAGCUGUUAAAUUUGAGGGAAGUCCUGCCUUGAUAUAGGGCGAUCUAGCCCUACAGUCCCCACUUGGCUCUCCAGACAAUGCCAUACGUCGAUUAAUUUUUCCAGGCUGAUUCUGCCUGCUUAUUAUGCCUUAAGAUCACCGAACAUGAGGAUGAAUCUCGUGGUUGGUUUCAUUUUCAUGAUUGGAGACUACUCACAAAUGGUUUCGAAUAUCCUACUUUUG